AUGACUGAAAAUAACACUGUAAUGGAUGAUGAAAAUAAUACUAAAUACAAAGACGGGGUAAACCGUAACGCUCGUUUAGUAGUCAGAAAUAUUUCGUUCAAAGCGACGGAGGACACUUUAAGGGAACAUUUCUCAUCAUAUGGUACAGUUGAAGAGGUUAAAUUGUUGAGAAAACCUGAUGGAAAACUAGUAGGUUCUGGCUUCAUACAUUUCACACAUGUACCCAUGGCCAACAAAGCUUUAGCAGCUACAAACAAAAAACCAUUUAUGGGUCGUCCAAUAUUUGUGUCAUGGGCAAUCCCAAAAAACAAAUAUGUAAGUCAGGAACAACAAAAUGGACAAAGAAAAAGGUUGAGUAGUGCUUCAUCUGGUGAUUUUGAGGAAGUGAAAGUAGAAAAUCUACACUCUGAAAAGGAAGAUAAAAAUAAAAUACGAAUCAACCGUAAUGCUCGACUUAUUGUUCGUAAUGUUUCAUUCAAAGCUACUGAAGAGUCCUUAAAAGAACAUUUUGAGCCUUAUGGUGUUAUUCAAGAAGUUAAAUUGCUAAAAAAACCUGAUGGGAAACUGGUGGGAUGUGCUUUUGUUCACUUUAAAAAUGUUCCUAUGGCGAAAAAGGCACUUUUGAAUACAAAUAUGAAACCAUUUCUAGGUAGACCAAUAUCGGUGGAUUGGGCAGUUGCAAAAGAUAAGUACAUGCAACAUGUAGUCACACAGCAGAUUGAGAUGGAAGAAAAGGUAAAGAAGGAGGACUCAGAUAGUGAUAUUGAAAAUGACACACCUUUAAAUAUUUCUAAUGAGGAAUUGAAACAGGAGGUAAAGAGUGAGACUGAAGAUAGCUCUGAUGAUGACAGCAAUGACGAUGAAGACGACGAUUCUGUUGAAAACUCUGAGGUGGAUGAUGAUGAUGAGGAAAAUGAUAAAGAGAGUUCGGAUGAUGAUGAUGAACAAGACGAAAACUUGGAUGAUGAAAGAAGUGUCACUAGUACACAAGCAGAGCAGAAACGCUUAAAAUUAAACGACGCCGAAGAUGGUCUGACCGUGUUCUUGACUAAUGUACCCUUCAGCGUUGACAAUGAUCAAUUGAAAGAGUUUGCGGAGAAGACAGGUCCCGUGAAAUAUGCGCUUAUUUGCAUUGAUAAGUUGACCGAGCAUUCCAAGGGGUCAGGAUUUGUCAAGUUUGCAAACCAAGAAGACGCAGACAAGUUUCUGGCACUCCCCCUGCAUCAAUUACGAUUAGAAGGGCAGGUGAUGCAGGUUAAGCCUGCAUUGAAGCGGGAGAAUCUAGACAAAGGCAACAAGAAGCAGCCAAAAGAUAAUAGGAACUUGUAUCUUGUGAAAGAAGGAGUUAUUGUGGCGGGGACAAAGGCAGCGGAGGGCGUUUCCGCUUCGGACAUGUCAAAGCGGCUCGCACUUGAACGUAGUAAGACGCAGAUGUUGAAGAAUUUGAACAGAUUCGUAUCUCGUUAUCGCCUGGUGGUGGCAAAUUUACCCCAGCAGUGGGACGACGGGCGGCUGAGGCGGGAGUGCGCCAGGGCCGUGGGGCGGAACGCUAAGAUCACGGAGGCACGUAUCAUGAGGGACCUCAGGGCUCCAGUUGAACGCUCGGGAAAGCAUCCGUCUAAAGGGUACGGCUUCGUGAUGUUCACACGACACGAGGAUGCCCUGGCCUGUCUGCGCAAGCUUAAUAAUAAUCCGGAUAUAAUCGACAGGAAUAAUCGCCCAAUAGUCUCGUUCUCUAUCGAGGAUCGAACAGCAUUAAACGCGAGGAAGAAGAGACUUGAGAAGUCGAUAGCUAACAAUCCACUAGCAAAGAAAGAGACGGAAGAUCCUGAAAACAAAACAGGUAGGAAUAGAAAAAGGAAGCUGAAAACUGCACCGGAUGAGAGUUACAUGAAAAAGGGUAAAUUUGAGAAGAGAUUCAAAGAUCAAAAUAGCGUAGGAAAGUUUGUAAGAAGACCAAAGGAGGUUGACGUCGGUGAAUUCACAGGGUUAACGGCUAAAGAAGGCACACAGCACAAAAUGAGAAACAAUCAUAAACUCAGAGCGCAGGCGGAGAUCCAUAGACAAAACGUGAAGCAAGAGAAGAAGAAGAAUAAGCGCUCUUGGCGCCUCAAAAUGGCUGCAAGAGAGAGGAUUAAGUUACCGAAACAAAAGAUCAACAAGGACAAGAGUACUAGCAGAAGAAAGAAAUAUAAAAAUGUGUAG